AUGGCCGCCCCCAAGUCCGUCGCCAGGCUCGUCGCCUACUCUCGUCCUACAGCCUUCCCUCUCCGGUCUUCGCCCUUGGGAUCCAUCGCAAACUUCUCUUCCUCGGUGAACCGGGCAGCUACGCCAGCUGGUCCCCCCCAACCGGGCUUCCGUCUGCCCCCUCCGAAGAGAUGGGACGAAGGCACUGAGUCUUCUCUCGACAAGGCCGGAAAGUACUUCCUUAUGGCUGAGUUGUUGCGCGGCAUGUACGUCGUGCUGGAGCAGUUCUUCAGACCUCCUUACACCAUCUUCUACCCCUUCGAGAAGGGUCCCAUCUCCCCCCGUUUCCGUGGCGAGCACGCUCUGCGUCGCUACCCCACCGGUGAAGAGCGCUGCAUUGCCUGCAAGCUCUGCGAGGCCAUCUGCCCGGCCCAGGCUAUCACCAUCGAGGCUGAGGAGCGUGAGGAUGGAAGCCGUCGCACGACGCGUUACGAUAUCGACAUGACCAAGUGCAUCUACUGCGGUUACUGCCAGGAGAGUUGCCCUGUCGACGCUAUUGUUGAGACUUCCAACGCCGAAUAUGCCACCGAGACCCGUGAAGAGCUGCUGUACAACAAGGAGAAGCUUCUCGCCAACGGUGACAAGUGGGAGCCCGAAAUUGCUGCUGCUAUCAGAGCCGAUGCUCCUUACCGCUAA